GUGUGUGGCCAGAAUCGAAAAGCUUUAGUGACGACUUAAUAACUCGUUCGAUCCCAUCCAAGUGGAAAGGAAAUUGCUCAAAUGAAUUUGAUCCCAAUUUUCGAUGCAACAGGAAGCUUAUCGGUGCCCGCUACUUCUACAAGGGGUACGUCGCGGCCGGGGGACACCUCAAGUCCACCGACUACACGCCGCGCGACAAUAACGGCCAUGGGACCCACACCCUGUCGACAGCUGGCGGCAAUUUUGUUUCUGGGGCCAACGUCUUAGGCUAUGGAAACGGCACAGCCAAGGGUGGAUCCCCCUUGGCCCGCGUAGCAGCCUACAAGGUCUGCUGGCCGCCCAUCGGCAAAGGAGAGUGCUUUAUUGCUGACAUCAUGGCGGCCAUUGAUAUGGCAAUCCACGAUGGAGUCGACGUGCUCUCUCUCUCCCUAGGUGGUGGUGCCAUCCCCUUUUUUAAAGAUGUUAAUGCCAUCGGGUCGUUUCACGCGGUGAGUAAAGGGAUCGUGGUCGUCUUUUCGGCUGGUAAUUCGGGGCCAAACCAAGGUACGGUUGAAAACGUUGCGCCUUGGCAGAUCACGGUUGGCGCAAGCACCAUGGAUCGAAAAUUUCCUAGCUAUUUAAUAUUAGGGAACAAACGAUUCGAGGGAGAAAGCCUUUCAGACAAAUCGCUUCCAGAGGGAAAGUGGUUCGCCAUAAUUUAUGCGAGAUAUGCAAAUGCCUCUAACGCAACAGCAGAACAAGCGGAGUUGUGUGAACCUGAAUCUCUAGAUGCUAAAAAGGUGAAAGGGAAGAUCUUGGUUUGUCUAAGGGGAAUCACUGCAAGGGUCGACAAGGGCCGGCAAGCAGCCUUAGCUGGUGCUGUGGGAAUGGUUUUAGCUAAUGAUAAGGCCUCUGGGAAUGAGAUCUUAGCCGAUGCUCAUGUCUUGCCAGCUACACAUAUCAGUUACAAAGAUGGACUUGCUCUCUUAUCUCAAAUGUAUAAAACAAGGUCUCCCAUGGCUCUUAUCACCAAACCAAAAACACUUUUAGACACAAAACCUGCGCCAGUAAUGGCAACUUUUUCAUCGCAAGGGCCAAAUACCGUUAUGCCGGAAAUUCUCAAGCCGGAUAUCACGGCACCAGGACUUAGCAUCAUAGCUGCAUAUACCGGAGUGGUCGGACCGACAGGCGAAGACUUUGACAAGCGACGUGUGACGUUCAAUUCCGAAUCUGGUACUUCUAUGUCUUGCCCACACGUUGCUGGGGUCGUCGGCCUCUUGAAGAAUCUCUACCCAAAUUGGACCCCAGCUGCCAUUAAGUCUGCCAUCAUGACCACUGCAAGUACAAUCGACAACACUUGGCACUCAAUCACCAACAACAGCAACUCGAAAGCUACACCGUUCAAUUAUGGAGCAGGACACAUUGAUCCAAACCAGGCAAUGGACCCUGGACUCGUUUACGAUGUAGGAACAACAAAUUACCUCAACUUGUUAUGCACACUCGGGUAUAACCAAACACAGAUUAACUUGUUCUGGGAUAAAUCAUUCACUUGUCCCAAGCCGAAUAUUAGACUCAUCGACUUCAACUACCCCUCGAUCUCAGUUCCCAACCUCAGGGGCCCAGUCACUGUGACCAGGAAGGUAAAAAAUGUAGGUCCACCGGGCACUUACAAAGCCUCUGUUUGUAGCCCAGAUGUAAUAUCGAUACAAAUCGAACCGGAUAAGCUGGAAUUUAAGUCGGUUGGGGAGGAGAAAGGAUUCAACAUUAAAAUACAGCCUAAUAAAAAUGGUGGUAGCAAGGGUUAUGUAUUUGGGAAGCUGACAUGGUCUGACGGUCAGCAUAAGGUGACGAGUCCAAUCGUUGUUAAGCAGAUAUAG